UUCCUCCUUAUAACACAAAUUAUAAGUGUGAUGUUGUAAGAGUGAUACAACUUACAGUAUAAGAGUUACACUCUGGGCUUCUUGUUUCAGUGUUGAAGUCAUGGCCAAAGCAUUUGCUGUAGUGUUGCUGCUCCUCAAUGCACUGGGACCAAAUACAGGAAUCAAACUGGAUGGAAAUGGAUACACUGACAUUCUUGUAGCCAUCAACCCAGCUGUGCCUCAAAAUGAUGAGAUCAUAAAUCAAAUCAAGGAAAUGAUUACUAGUGGAUCAGAAUAUCUGUUUCAAGCUUUAGACAACAAGGUGUUCUUCGAGGAGGUGAAAAUACUUGUACCACCGAACUGGAAUGGAAGUUAUGACAGAGCAAGGAGAGAAACCUAUGAUAAGGCCAACGUAAUCAUUGACCUCCCACACCCAGCAUUCGGUGAUGACCCGUACACUAAACAGAUGAAAGGUUGUGGAGAGGAGAGCGAGUACAUUCACUUCACCCCAAACUUCCUCUUAAACGACAAUCUUCUUAAUGCAUAUGGGCCUAGAGGAAGGGUUUUUGUUCAUGAAUGGGCUCACCUCAGAUGGGGGGUGUAUGAUGAAUAUAAUGAGAAGGAGCCAUUCUACUUUUCUGUUACCCAGGAGGUCCAACCAACAAGAUGUACCAGGGAGAUAUCUGGACAGUUGUUUGAACUGAUCAAUGGAAAUACCCUGCCUUGUCGCAAUAAUGUGCAAACUGGGUUACCUACUAAGGAAUGCCAGUUCUAUCCAGACAGAGAGCAAAAAACAAAUGCUUCGAUAAUGUACAUGCAAAGCAUAAACUCUGUGACAGCAUUUUGUCAUGAGGGGGAACAUAAUGCUGAAGCCCCAAACAUGCAGAACCAGAAAUGUAACAACAAAGCUACGCGUACAGUGAUUUUUCAAGACUCUGUAGACAAAGACGCCCUUCAGACUUUAAAACCUCUACAAUCCCCACCAUCAGCUCCAACAUUCAGGGUGAUCCAGAGGCGAAGUCGGGUCGUCUGCCUCAUCCUUGAUGUCUCUGGAAGCAUGAAUAGCAACCAGAGGUUACAGCGACUACAGCAGGCUGCUACAAUUUUCCUACGUGACAUUGUGGAGGAGGGAGCACAUGUGGGCAUUGUCCAGUUUAGUGCUUAUGCAAAUGUUGUGAUCGGACUAACUAAAAUAGAUGGUAAAGCCUCAAGAGAAAGUUUGAUUAGUAAGUUGCCAACAUCUGCGUCUGGAUCAACAAAUAUGUGCAAUGGACUUAGACGAGGCUUUGAGGUCCUUCAGGAAGAUGAUAAAAGCACAAUAGGAGAUGAGGUGAUUUUUUUAACAGAUGGUGAAGCGACAGAUGAUGUUCAGAUUUGUUUGCCGUUAGCUGUGGACAGUGGUGCCAUCAUCAACACUCUAGCACUUGGUCCGAGUGCCUCUAACGUGCUGAUAACCAUGGCAGAUCUAACAGAUGGAAAGUUCCUGGUUGCUAGUGACAGUAUCAUUUCCAAUGAACUUGUGGAUGCCUUCUCUUCAUUUACAAUGUCGGAUGGAGAUCCCACCAAACAGACAAUUCAGCUUGUGAGCACUGGAAAUACUACUCAUGACUGGUUCAAUGGGACAGUGCCCAUAGACCGCACUGUAGGAAACAGCACCACAUUUACAAUUAUCUAUGAAGAAACACCCAUUGUGUACAUAGAGACGCCAAGUGGUUCAGUGUAUAAUCAGACACAUAUCACUGAUAAUGCAGAUACAAAGACAAUCACUUUAAAUGUUCCUGGAACUGCAGAGACUGGAAACUGGAGAUACAGCUUCCUUAACACAGAAUCAACUCCUCAAACUAUGACUUUAACAGUAACAAGUCGGGCAGCCCGUAAUGAUGUUCCUCCAGUCAUGGUUAAGGCCCAAAUGAACCAGCAAACCAGUGAUGGCAGUAAACCCAUGGUAGUUUUUGCUGAGGUCACUCAAAAUUACAUUCCUGUGCUGGUUAUAGCCACCCUUCAGUCAGAUACUGGACAUUCAGAAAACUUACUCCUCCUGGAUAACGGAGCAGGAGCUGAUGAUUUUAAAGAUGAUGGCAUCUAUUCUAGAUAUUUCACAAAAUUAAAGACUGGAAAGUACAGCCUGAAAGUGCAGGUGUCAGACCAAGAUGAAGUUGUGAAGAAUUUGCCCAACAGAUACAGUGGCGCACUGUAUGUUCCUGGAUAUAUUGUGGAUGGUGAAGUACAGCUAAACCCUGAGAAGCCCCCAGUAAAUGUGCAGCCAGCAGAUGUUGGCAGCUUCACUAGAACAGUCACUGGAGAGAGCUUUGUGGUGAGUGUGCCCUCAGGCGUAACCCCACCGAACUUCCCUCCCAACAAGAUCACUGAUCUGAGUGCUGAAAUCAAGGAGGACACUGUGCUUCUCAACUGGACAGCACCUGGCGAGGAAAUGGAUGAAGGAACAGCUGAAUCCUAUGAAAUUAGAUGGAACGAACAUUUGGAGAUGCUUCAGAACAACUUCAGCAAUGCUAAUCUAGUAAACACAUCAGCACUCCAACCACAAGAAGCAGGUUCAGCUGAACAUUAUUUCUUCUUGCCUGGUGUCACAAUCCAAAAUGGAACCACUCUGUUCUUUGCUAUUCAAUCAGAGAACAAGGAGAGAAAGUCUGAGGUAUCUAACAUUGCUCGAGCAACAAACUUUGUACGGACUCCCAGACCACCAGCAAUUUCAAAUCCAGGCCUAGACCUGACCGCUAUAGUGGUCUCAGUCUGUGUGGUAACCAUGGUGGCAUGUGUCAUAGCUGCUGUAAUCACAUGGGCACUGAAACGAAAGAAGGCUAUUAGAGUUUAAAUUAUCCAAUACUUACACCUUGCAGAUGAUCUCUAGUGACAGAACAUUUUAACCAAAUGCUUUAACAAAUAACAAAUGAACAAACUAAGUUGGUUCACAUUAACUGGUCUUUUCAAUCUUUAAUUCAUUAUUAGUAACAUUAGCAUUUUUAGAUAAAGCCUUCCUUUCAGUACUGGUCUAUCAAAUGACUUUUCACAGUUGAAGAGCUUUCUAAGAAAAUCUGAUAGAAAUGGCAAACUUUACUUGAAACCGUUUCUGUGGGACUGUUAUAAACAAGCUUAGCUCUGCCGAGAAAAUUUAGUGUCAUCCAUUAUUCUGAUAGUAUAUAUAGCUCAACAAUGUGCAUUCAGUUGUGGGAUCUUUUCUUGCACAAUAAUGUUUUUUCAAAUGAAAAUGUUCUAGCUUCUCAAGAUUUAUUUAUACUUUAAAAAAAAAGUUUGCAUUUUGUCAGCAAGUCUUGAUCAGUAUAUGAUUUAAUGUGAGAGAAACAAUGUAAAGAGAAUCUAAAAAUAAUAAUUUUAAAAUUAUUUACAGAAAUAAGUACAAAUUCAUGAAUGUAGCUUUUCAAUAAAGAAAUCAGUGGAACUAAC